CACUGGUAAACUGGUAACGUUGUUUACCCCCCCCCCAAAAAAAGUAUUCGAAGCUCAGUAGGACUGUAACUUCACUCAACAAACUUCCAUUAAUAAGAAGUUGUGGUUUAUGCGCAACAAUAAGCUGAGAUGAUCAAAAAAUUUGCUUGAAAUAUGAGGUACUUAGUCAAAUUCCAGCACUUUCAUUCACAAUCAGUGAUUCGCCUCCAUUUCUCGAGACUUAAGCUUCGUCCUCUUCGAUUUUCAACACUCUCCAAAUCAUCCAAACCAACGAAGAAGGCCCACUUGAAGAGCCAAGCUGAAACUUGUAGCAUCCCAUCACUCUUCCAAGAAAUAACUGACAUUUUAGGUGCUGUUCAUGUAGCCUCAGAUGAAACCGAAUUUGGGUUUUCGAUAACCCCACGAACCAAUGCCAAGGAGCUUGAGUUUAUAGAACAAUCUUUGGCUAGAAGGCCAGGUGUUUGUCAAAAUGCCGAGGAGAAGAGUGAGUUGGUGGAGGAGGAGGGGAGUGAAAUAACUGACAUUUUGAGAGCUGUUAAUAUAACCUCAGAUGAAACCCCGACAACAUCACGGGUCAAUGACGGGGAGGCUGAGUUUAAAGAAAAAUCGUUGUAUAGAAGUCUAGCUGUUUGUCAAAAUGCCCAGAAGGAGAAUGUAAUGGUUUUGGGUGAUACCCAGAUGGGGAAUUCAGUUGAAUUUGAUGUUAGUCCAGUGGUUCAUGAGAUAACUAAGAUAGUUAGAGCUGAAAAUGUUUUGGUUUCCAUGGAGGAGCAGUUGGAAAAAUCAGGGCUUUCGUUUGAACCAGAGAUUGUUGAGAAAGUGUUGAAAAGGUGCUUUAAAGUGCCUCAUUUAGCUUUUAGAUUCUUGAACUGGGUGAAGCUUAGAGAAGGGUUUUGUUAUACAACUGAGAUUUUUAAUACCAUGCUGUAUAUAGGUGGUGAGGCUAAUGAACAUGGGUUGGUUGAGAAGCUAUUGGAGGAAAUGGAGGAGAAAUCUUGUAAGAAAGAUAUCAAGACUUGGACAAUCCUUAUCUCGCAAUAUGGGAAGUCAAAGUUGAUUGGCAAAGCGCUGGAAGUUUUUGAAAACAUGAAGAAAUGUGGUUUUGAAACUGACACGACGGCUUAUAUGAUGAUGAUCCGUGUUCUUUGUAAUGCUGAUAAAGGCGACUUAGCUAUGGAAUUUUACAAGGAGAUGGUUGAGAAGGAAAUGAGCCUUGAUUUGAAUUUGUACAAGAUGCUACUGAAUUGUGUAGCUAAAUCGGGAGAUAACAAUGCAGUUCACUUGGUUGCUGAUAACAUGACGAGGGUGUCUGAGAUUCCAGAACAAGAAGUUUAUGGUUAUGUAUUGAGGAGUUUAUGUAUUUCUGGAAGAAUUAAGGAAGCUUUAGAAUUGAUUCGGGACCUUAAGAAGAAAGAGUUGUCUUUGGACCCCCGUUAUUUUGAGAUUCUGAUCAAAGGACUGUGCAGAGCCGAUAGGAUUGCCGAUGCUUUGGAAAUCCUCGAUAUUAUGAAGAGAAGACAACUGGUUAGUGAGAAGGUUUAUGAGAUUAUCAUCAAUGGGCACUUAAGAAGAAAUGACCUUUCCAAGGCACUUGAUCUUUUCCAAAGCAUGAAGGAAUCUGGGUACUUACCAACGGCUUCUACUUACACUGAUCUAAUGCAACGCCUCUUUAGAUUGAAAGAGUAUAAAAAAGGCUGUGAUUUAUACAAUGAGAUGAUGGAGAAAGGUGUUGAGCCUGAUACUGUUGCUAUUAUGGCCAUGGUUGCAGGUCAUGUUGGCCAAAACCGUAUAUCCGAAGCAUGGAAAGUAUUCAAUUCGAUGGAGGAGAGGGGCAUCCGACCUUCUUGGAAAGCAUAUUUAGUAUUCAUUAAGGAGCUUGGAAAAGUUGGAAGGACAGAUGAAAUUUUUCGGGUUUUAUGCGAAAUGAAGGAGGCAAAGAUAGGUAUUCGAGAUGAGAUAUUUUGUUUGGCUGUAUCUUGCAUGGAGAGGAGCAGAGAGACGGAUAAUGUUGAAAAAGUAAAGCAAAUGCGGAGAAUUAGUGAACUUCGUUCACUAACUGAAGAGGUAAGCGGUAGCGGAUUCAAAGGACAGGAGCUCCUCCUGGAUUUGGGUGAUAAACAUUUAGAGUAUGAGAGGACAGAUUGUCACCAAGUGCACUCCCUUUCAAAUGCAUUCAACAAGCAGGACAUGGAAGAAGUGCAUAGAAUAUUAUCAUCCUCGAAGGAUUGGGCCAUCAUUGAAGAAGGUUUGGAGAGAUGCAACAUUAAGUUUACACCGGAGCUUGUUUUGGAAAUACUGCGAAAGAGCAGUUUGCAUGGUAAAAAUGCUCUGAAUUUCUUUUCAUGGGUAGGAAAGCAAGCCGGCUAUCAGCACACUUCAGAAACAUACAACAUGGCUAUAAAAAUCUCCGGAUGUGGGAAAGAUUUCAUGAACAUGAGAAGGCUCUUCUAUGAAAUGAAAAGGAGGGGUUGUUUAGUAUCGGAUGCAUGGGCGAUCAUGAUAAUGCAAUAUGGUCGAACAGGUCUAACCGAAAUUGCAUUGAGGACUUUUACUGAGAUGAAAACCGACGGUUUUAAUCCGACCGCGAGUACCUACAAGUAUUUGAUCAUAUCACUCUGUGGGAGAAAAGGUAGGAAGGUAGAUGAAGCCAUUAAAAUCUUCCAAGAAAUGAUCCGUUCUGGUUACACCCCCGACAAAGAGUUACUUGAAACGUAUCUUGGUUGUUUAUGUGAAGUUGGCAAGCUAUUGGAAGCUAGAAACUGCGCAGAAUCUCUCAGCAAGAUUGGAUUCUCAGCUCCGCUAAGUUAUUCGCUGUAUAUUAGGGCACUUUGUCGAGCUGAGAGACUCGAAGAAGCAUUGGAAAUAUUAGAUGAUGUCAGGACACAACAAUCCUCAUUGGAUCAGCAUGUUUAUGGAAGCCUUGUCCAUGCACUACUACGAAAGGGACUAUUCGAACAAGCAUUGGCUAAGGUGGAUUCCAUGAAGCAAGCCAACAUUCAUCCGACUGUCCAUGUUUAUACAUCCUUAAUAGUUCAUUUCUUCAAGGAGAGGCAAACCAGGAGCGCUUUAGGGAUUUUUGUGAAAAUGGAGAAGGAAGGUUGUCAGCCGACUACCAUUACUUAUUCCGCAAUGAUCCAUGGAUACAUGAACAUGGGGAAGGUUGCUGAUGCUUGGAACGUCUUUCAUCAUAUGAAGAUUAAUGGACCAGAGCCCGAUUUUAAGACUUACUCGAUGUUCAUUAACUGUCUUUGUAAAGCAAGUAAGUCCGAGGAAGCAAUGCAGCUUUUAUCCGAAAUGCGAAACUCAGGGAUCGUUCCUAGUACCGUCAAUUUCCGAACAGUUUUUCAUGGUCUGAAUAGAGAAGGUAAGCAAUGUUUAGCUCAAACUGUAUUGCAACAAAAAUCUGCUCUAAAAAGUGAACGCAAGUGUUCCACCUUGAUUUAAAUUUUUUCAUUUAUCUUUCCA